GCCGGACCGUGCCGCUGCUGCCUGAGGCGGGGCCAGCCGCGCCCCCGGGGAUGCCAUGCGCCGCAUCAAAACCAGGUUCCUCUGUCGUCGGUCUCCGGGUCCCACGACGCCCACGGCCAUCCGGAGACAACCUAAGGCCAAAGUCGUCACCCUCCGGAUUCCGCAACCCAAGUUGGUCCACUUCCCCGCCAAAAUGGAAGUGCGUUCACCGACGGCGACGGCGUCUAACCCCGCCUCCAGCGACUACCGCAGCCAUUUCAACCACCCGUCCUCGUCAGGAGCGCCGACCUGCUCAUUGCCGGCCCCGUCUACCAUGUCCGCUCCAGCCCCCGCAAACCAUUCUUGCCCCCUGACCUCAACGUCCUCACCCGAGCCCAGUCCCGUACCCGCUCAACCCCAAACCCAGCCCCACCAAGUCCAAAACCAAACGCAACACCACCAAACUCUAAGUUCCUCGCCCGCAAUCUCGUAUUCGAAUCCCAGCCUCAACGCACAUUCGCCUUCGAAUUCGGUCGCAACCAAUGGGCACACUGGAAUCCUACAGGCCGUUCCGGAGGUCAUGGGCAACGGAAACAACGCAGAGACGCCUCGCCAGUCCAUCACCAUCCUGAGUUCCAAAGGAACGGAGAGCCUCAAGGAGAUGGUCCAGUGUCCCAUCUGUCUGGACAGGCUGCACAGACCCAAGAUGCUUCCCUGUCAGCACGCCUUCUGCUUUCUUUGCCUCCAGAACAGUGUGAUGAAGGCGGACACGAGCAAGCUGCGUUGCGCAAAGUGUCGGACAGAGGUGCCUCUGCCCAAGGAAGGGAUUUCGGGGUUCCCAUCGAGCAUCCAUCUUCAGAAUAUUCUGGACUUGCUCGAAUCGGACUAUGCGUCCAUGGACGAGCUGCUGCAGUGCUGCAGUUGUCAGACUGUGAGUUGCACUGUGUUCUGCGAACACUGCAAGUUGUCCUAUUGCCCGCUCUGCAUGGCUAGACACGUGGAGGAGCUGGCCAAGCAAUUGGGCCAGAUCGCUGACCAGCUGGAGGCCACUGUGGAGAAGAUUGGGCUCCGCUAUCAGAAGUUCGAGGCGAGCCACAGCGAGCUGCAGGCGAAGCUGAAAGCAGAGGCUGGGAGGCGCGUUCGCUGGAUCAGAGAUUCCGAAAGUCAACUGUACUCGCGCAUGGAGGCUGCCAAGGUGGCCGAGGAAGCCGGCUAUAAGGAAGUCGUCCAAAAGGUGCAAGGCGCCGUGAUCAGCUCCCGGGCUUUCGCCGCUAAGGGCUUUGACCACAUCCAGGACCCAAGUGAAAAGAUCCGAGUCUUCAUGCAGCUGCACCAAGAAGCUGGUGACGCUUUAUCCGAGGGCACGACGGUGGGAAACACCCAGAUCACCUUCGAUCCGGAUGCCUUCAGUGUGACCAUCGAGUGCAGGUCAGACGCCGCCGACGAGGACACGGAGACUGCAAGUUCACCCAGAGGCAGCCCCGAUUGCACCACCCAGUCUUCUCCAAACGCAUCUCUUCCGGGCUCGCCAACGGGGGCCCUAACGACAACACCAAACCAAAUGGAAGUCCAGAAGCAAUCAGCGGACGCACAAUCGAGGCUCUACCGCUCCAAGUCCUUCCUGACCAGAACCCGACUCGGGAGCGGACUAGUCCAGAGGCCUUCUGGUGUUGCAGUGUCCCCGUGGUCUUCAGAGAUCUUCGUGGUUUCCAUGGACAACCACAAGGUCCUCACGUUCGACUCCACUACCGGAAAGUUCCUGCGGUCGUUCGGCAGUCGAGGCCAGCAGGAGGGCGAGUUCCUGUGUCCAUUUGGCAUCGCUCUGUCGUCUGUCGGCCAGGAGAUUCUCAUCACGGACAAGUGGAAGCAUUGUAUUCACGUGUUCGACAAGGACGGCAACUUUCAACGGCAGAUCGGCAUGAAGGGGCGUUCUGCGGGCCACUUCAGAAGCCCGGAGUCGAUAUGCAUUGACAACACGGGUAGAAUCUACGUGUGUGACACGUGCAACCAUAGAAUUCAAGUACUGGACCACGACGGCAUCUUCUUGCACGAGAUCGGAACUCACGUGCAACCAGAAAACGCCUUCAACCGUUCACGGAGCAUGUUCCAGGAACCUACGGGCAUUGCAGUCACCCAAGACGCCCAGCGGGUAGUCGUGUGUGACUUUGGCAGCCACCGCAUCCACGUCUUCUCGACGGACGGUGAGCACCUCUUCACCUUCGGCCAGAAGGGCGCCCUCAAGGGACAAUUUGUCCACCCCGAGUGCGUAGCCGUGGACAGCCGCGGCUUUAUUCUGGUCGGCGACAGCGGCAACGGACGGGUACAGAUUUGCAGACCCGACGGUCGCCACGUGAGGACCUUCGGAAACAAGGGCUCCAGCAACGGCCAGUUCAGCUGGAUCUCGAGUAUCGCUGUGACGGCCAACAACGAAGUGGUUGUGAGCGACUUCAAGAACCACUCUGUUCAGGUGUUUUGAAAGGACAGUGGUGAUACGCACUAGGUCAAGUGAAUGAAGUGCUCCUGUCGCUUUAUUUAGUAUGCUGUAGCAUGAAAGGUUGUGGAAGCAUAGGAGUGAGCCCGUGGCAUAGAAAACAAAUUCUGCUUGUUACGUGUAGGCAUGAACCGAGUGGGCUAUCUAAGGAUGCGCGCCGGCCUUCCUGCAAUAACUGCAUUGUACAGAAUGUGAUGAUAUGUAUAGGAUCGCUGCAGUAACUGUUAUUUUGUUGUGAGCCUAAUAGAGCGCGUUAUGGUUCAGCCUCACUAGUGGGGCCAACACCUGUAUUUGUUUGCCAAGAACACAGGAUAAGUCCUUUAAUGACCCAAACCACUUAUACCCCAUGUUCACAAUUAUGCUCCUUUGUGAUUGGUUGUUGAUGUUCCGGCACAUGAAAAACAUUUUCAAGCACGAUGCAUUUGGCAUGUCGGCGAGCCGUGUUUCUUGUUUGUUGCUAUAGUGGGAAAACGCUCUUAUGAACCUUUUAGAAACCAAACUAUCGUCGAAAAGGCAGAAGUCGCUGUGAAGAUAAUGCUGCUAGAAGGAACUGAUCACAUCUUCAGUUUGAGUAAGUCAGGGACCGAAGGCGCCAAGCUUGUCGGAAACAAAAACGAAGUUGUCAAAAUGAGGGGAAAAAGGGCUUGUUUUGAUUGCAUAGAAAGAAAUUGCUUUACUGCCGCGUGUGCUUUUGUGUGGGACGCAAACAAAGUUCGCUGACUGUAUAUUGUGUUGCUGCGCCACAAGAAAUAAUAAAAAAAGGCUCCAAGACGCAAUCACCGUUACGGAAAUUCGUCAUUUUGUUCACUCACGCAUGUGACCAAGCC